ACCACAAACAACCUACUUCGGUGUAUGCGUGUGUGUGUGUGUAUUUGGUUUGGUUCAGCGAACACGCCAGUACUACUACCACAUCUGUCCAUGUUUUCUGAGAGCUAACAUAUAUACACGUGUGAUUGUGUCGUAAAAUACAUAACAAGGCGUAAACGUCAGAGGACGAACUGUAACGUACUCUGGGACAAUGUCUGCUACAGUGGCAGGAGAUGCUUGUAGAAAAAAGGCCGUCGGCUUCACGAUAGACUCGAUCAUAGGUAAACAAAAUGAAAGGUGUGAAAAUGGCCGGACAUUGUCCGGACUACCAACUGACCAUUCCAAAGACAAAGUUCAACUCACAUCGGAAGAGAAACGUUCCUCAGGGUUUAGAGAAAAACACGAGGGCGUGUUUUGUACGCGACAGAGACUUGAUGAGGACGUCCGUUCGUCCGGAGAAAGUGAAUUUAGUAGGGACACGUCCGUGCAUUCAUUUCACUUAGCGGACAAACAUUUACACCACCCUAGUAUGGACAGUCUGAAGCACCUACACGAUGUGCUUGCCCAGACCGCGGGGGCCACGGGGACAUACUUUCACCCCCGGAUGUGUCGCCAUCCGUUGUCCCCGCUCAACAUUCAUCAUUCCGUGUAUCCUCAUAGCCCACAAGGCGGUCCUCUUCAUCCCUUCGUCAUCAACCCAGCUUCUCGGGACGUCCGAAGUCUUCAGCCAUGGAUGUCCGAACGCUACUCCAACUAUUUUUACCCUAGAUACCCAGUUACAGCUUCUCCCGGUUUCCUGUUUCAACCCUACCGAAAACCGAAGAGAAUCCGGACUGCGUUUUCUCCAUCUCAGCUUCUACAAUUAGAAAAGUCCUUCGAGAAAAGUCAUUACGUGGUGGGCCAGGAACGGAAGGACCUGGCUGGUGAACUACAGCUAACAGAGACACAGGUCAAGGUUUGGUUCCAAAAUCGACGGACGAAACACAAGCGAACAAAGUCGGAGGAAGGCGACGGAAAAGAGUGCGGUGAUUUUGGUGCAAGCGGAAAUAGAUGCUCUUCGCCGGAAAUUAGUAGUGACAUUAGUGACGAUAUGGAUUUGGACGUUUCUGAUGACGAAAUGCGCAUGAUGUCUGGACGUCAUCAAAUGGAAGCUUUCUCCUAGACUUAUUGCAUUUUUAUGUUGAAAUUAUUUAUUUGCCAAUAAAAUUGACAUUCUAUGGAUUCUUAGCUGCUAAACAGACGUUUUCAUGAGAAUUUGUUUGAUAAAUCAGUCACAUGAAUGUUUCAGCUGAGCAGAGAACACGGAACAAUUUGUUUGAUCUUGGUCUGUAAACAUGUAGUGAACACAUGUGUUUUAUUGUAGUGAUUCGGGUUAUGAUCGCUCAUGACAUAAAUGAUUUAGAAAGUUGAAUGAAUACGAAUGAUUACGUGAUUUUGUUAACCACAACACAUGUACCUGGAUGACGUAAGUAGUUAGGUAAACUGUGAACUUCUUUAUUUUAGCGCUGUUCAGUAUUGUAAAACCGUGUUUUAUCUGUAUUUGCGUGAUUAAAGCCGGUAUGUGCGUUAGUAUUUAGACAAAUACUGUAUUUCCAAGUUUUCUCUAACCCCAACAAUUAAUCGUUUACUUAUUGUUGUACAUUUUGCAUAAAAGAUAGAAGAAAGUUAAGAAAUUUAUAGUGAAAACGAAAAUAUUAUUUUUCUGGUUAAAAGAAAAUAGCGUCAUAAUGAGGGCGCCGUUAAAAUAACUACGUUCGAAUCGCGCUAAAACGAGGGCACCGCUGAAAUAAAUACUUAUACAGAAAUCAACUGUCAGCCACUUCGAUAUUGUGAUUUGAUUUUUGGUCAGUCAUUCUAAUUCUAAAUUUCAAAGUCGUAACACCUUUUGCCUGUAUGUACUUAUAAAUACACUUAUGUAGAAAAAUACAAAGAAAUCGUUGAAGAAAUAGACCAGCGCCCCAGCUGCGAGAAUUUGAAGAAAGAAAAAAGGAACAAGUCCUUGAUGAGAUGAAAAGAAUAAAAGAUGGAUGUUCGAGAGUCGGAGUGAGAUGGGAUGAGUGAGUAAUUGGUUUUCUGUUAGGGAUGUCUCAUUUGUACCAGACGCUAUUCAACCCCAUAUCAUAUCACCCACAAUGACAACGCAUUUUUUGUUCAACCAUUGUUUUGAGAAAAUUAUUCAAAGUGUUGAAAAAAAUGACAAUAAAACAAUCUGA